GGGGCAAUUUCGGUGUGGUAAUGGUUUGAAUAACAAAAUUUCACUCUAUUAACUUCUUAAACAUAUAUUAUAUAAUACACAUAAAAAGGGAAAACAAACAAGGCUUAUUCCCAAUAGCUUUCCUUCAUUCAAAGCAUAAUUGGAAAUAUUCUAGUUUAGUAAGAUCCUAAUUUUAUUUUUUGUUACCUGUCCUGUCCUACUACAAUAUUUCCAAUCGAAAUCAUAUUAAAGUAUUUAUGAGACAUUUCAUUAAAAAGAUAAGAAUUUGGCAUUACAAUAUUUCAGAUACUGAUAAAACAACAAAAGAGGACUCCCAAAACAACUAUCCGUCAAAUGGACCGGUCCUUAAAAUUGAAAACGGAUCAAUAAAGCAGGAGCCCACCAACGACGCCACUGACGAUUACAGUGAACCAAUCGAAUACAAAUACAAUCCGGAAAGAAGCCGCGAAAAUUCUAACUCACAGGAGGGUCCUAUAAAAGAUACAGAAGACAAAGCCAGACUAGGUCGUAACCUGAAACCAAAGAAUAGUAAAAAACUGCUACCCCAAAUGUCCAAAUUUAGAGCUCGAAACUUAUUUAGUCAGCUCUCCGGUCUUUCCAAUUUAAAUCCAGCGCUUAACAGUUUUGAUAAAUUUCCUCCCGAAACGGUACUAAUGCCCGCUUUGGCAACUCAACUGUUUGCUGCCGAAUUAGAACAGAACAACCUUAACAUACCUGGCAACGAAAUAUCCGAUAUAUCGCAAACAAACUGGGAGCAUCGCAUUUUUCCAUCCCCCAUAAGGAAAAAUAACAUAGGUAGCGUUGGCAGCUAUCACGAAGAGACUAACGAAUCAGUAAGGGACUAUUGUAUUAAGGAAGGUGAAAAUGUUUUUCGAUGCAAAAUAUGCGCAAGGGUUUACACGCAUAUCAGUAACUUCUGUCGUCACUACGUCACAUCCCACAAAAAAGAUGUGAAAGUGUUCCCUUGCCCAAUAUGCUUCAAAGAAUUUACUCGAAAGGAUAACAUGAUUGCGCACCUGAAAAUAAUACACAAAAAUCAACCGAACGCCAACGAGCAAAUGGCAAAGCAAGAGUCUUAAUUCAAAACAAAAGCUUUAUACUCAGCUACUUAAAUUACUUUUGAAGUAACAAAGAUCUGAUUUAUCGAGUAGGGUUCGUUUAUAAGUAAUAGAAUUUGAAUUUUAAACAAAGCAGCUAUAGUUGAUUGCAAUCGAAUAAGCGUUCGAGCUCUAAAUUUCACGGAUGUAUCAAUAAGUUUGUUGAUAUUAAGCGACAGUACGUCGUUUGUUGUUAUAUUUAUCUAUUUAUUUAUGUUGUUCCAUUUGUUCUUGGAGUGCUUGAACUCGAAAGAGAUUUAUGGUGAAUUCUAUAAUUUACUUGUUAAUUUGCACUCACUUGUUACUUAAUUUUAUUACUUACAAAAAUUUCAGGGUACAAAGUAAUCUUACUCAUGGUGAUUUUAACAAAUGUAGUCUUUUGGAUUACAUUGCAAUUCUCAUUGAACUGAAUUAGUUAGUAUAGUAUUAGAAGUUACGAUUACAAACAAGUAUACCAAUGGCGCGGCCUUUUUGUAAAAUUAUAGUUUAUAAUUACACGUAAGACGCUAUUAUAUUGAUAGUGAAAAAUCCUAAUGAAGAGGCUAAUUGACGCUUUUUACAAAAAGGUUGUUUAUCGUAAUGCCAUUUAGUAGUGGUGUGAAAUGCAUUUUCAUUUAACUUGCCUUAUUAGUGAUCUUAGAUGUUAAUACAAUAACUUCUCCGAAGUAAAACUCAACACGGGCUAUGAUAAUUACUAGGUUUUUUUUGUUAAGAUUAAUUUAAAAUAUUUUAUCAAUGUUAAUAUAAUUGAUAAUAGAUAUUAUGCAAUACGAUUGUAAACUAUGUAUUUAUAACAUGGGAAAUAUAUAAAAAUAUGUUUAAAAAUCACCGUUAUAUAAAAAGGUAGAUUAGACUCAGUUCCUCCAAUAUAUUGACAGUUUUGAAGCUCUAAUCGAGCUUAAAAUAAAAUAGCAGAUUAUGAACCACAUCGAUUAUUAUUAUUCUGUAUGGAAGGCAUAUUUAUUUAAAAGAAUAUUCUAUAUAUUAAAUCUUAGUUUCUGUCAACGACAAUAUGAUAGAGAAAAUAUAUUAGAACAUUACACAAUAUAGGGACAAAUAGAUAUCUAUUAACAUGUUCUAUUUCAUUUUAAACUUUUAGUAAAAAAUAUAUAUUAUCCCAAAUUUAUUUUAGAUGUUAAAAAUUGUAAAUAUAUAAAAAUGGUACCACGUGUGUUGUCGUUAAAGUGAUUUAAGCAAGGUGCUUUGAAAUUAAAUAACAUGUUUAAAUACUGGAAUCAUGAGAUGAUUUACAAAUUAUAUUUUAUUAGAAGUCAAAUGCCUUAAUAUAGUAAGGAAUGGUACUUAUAAAUUUUUACUUAAUUUAGAUUCGAAUGUAGUCUUCCAUAUCUAAUAUCGAUGGUCACACAUUUCGUUUCAAUUACGGGAUCAUUAUCGAUUUAGAUACUUCGUUUUAAAUGCAUAAAGUUCUAUUCGUAUUAGUACUACAAUAUAAUUAUGUUGUUGACCCCG